AUGAAUAGAGGCAGAGCUGCUGCACGAGAACGAGCUGCAGCUGUGCGUAGUGAUGCAAAAGCUGCAAGGCUCAGUAAGAAAGGACUCCAGAUUGAGAGAGAGAUGCAGGAAGCGUUGUCAAGUGCUUCAGCAUUCAGGGCAGCAGCGGCGACUGCAGGUGCUCUUGCCGGCAAGGAGUUGGUCGAAUCCCAGGAGGCAAAAAGCUUCGCGAACGGGGACAGACGCAAGGCAGAGAAAGAGCAAGAACGAGCCGAAGACUUGAGCUGGAAGUCCAUGGAUGCACAAGAACGGGCCAAAAUGGACAAAGAAAAGGCCGACAAGCUGUUGCAUCAGGCAUUAAGCUCGCAGCGGAAAGCUACUGUUUUCUUUGCAGUGGCCUGUUUUUCUUCAGUCCUCUUGCUACUCUCCAGCUCUCCAGUUGGAUUCUCACUUCGCGAUUUGUCCCAAGCAUCCCGCGGCCUACAGGAGACAUUUCUAGGUGCCAUGCCACCGAGAGAUCCGAGGAAAAACGGCAAAUGGAAGUGGCACAUGUGGGCGAUUGAGGAGUUGGCUUUUGUGACGUCUUCAUGGAUUGCUGCGAUCAUUUUCUGCAAUCAGGUCCCCUUGAAAGCUUCACAAGACGACAUUUCGAACGGCCCAGUGCACGUUUGGAGCACAUUCUGCUGGUUGCUGCUUUGUCUUGCUUUGGUCGGUUUGCUUCAAGGAGCUCUCAUGUGGAUUUCGACCAUGGCAGAGUUGGAACCAGCUCGCAUUUGUGCUCAGAACUGUUUGCCCUAUGCUGAAAAGCGAGGCUUGCUGUUUGAAACCGUGAGCUGCCAGAGCUCUGUUGCUGCACAGAGGUGUGCGGCUUAUGGAGUACUUUGCAUGUUCACCUACGUUGCUUUGCGGGAUUCACAUCCGUGCAUCAUCCACCAUAUGCUGAACACCUUGAAUCUCUCCCCAGCACUGCUCUUGUGCACACUGGUCAGCAUUGCAUCUCUGCGGGCUUGCUGUGGAUUUCUUCGUUGUUCAUGCGCUUGCCGUGUGCAGACGGACACAAGAAACCCUGGCUGCUUGGAACGUAUGUGGCAUGAGAACGCAUUCUGGUUGAAACUAUUGGUGUCUUUGAUCAUGCUUGCAGUGUGCUACAAGCACUUCCAGCAUUUUUGGACGGCUUUCCGCUCUGUUCCAGAUCUUCUCACUUCCAAAGGGAUUCUGCACAAUGUCUCUGCUCUCGUGGUGCUUGCUCUCACCGUGGACCUCAUUGUCUUUGCGCGGCUCCUAUUCCAGGGUCCUUUCCCCAGCACGAUUUAGCAUGGACGCAUUGAAGUUCAAGCGAGUUGGCGAUUUUGCAGGAGCCACCACUAAGCGCGGCAUAUUCCUGACAGACAGUAGUGCUUCUGCACACAUGCCAAAAA